UGGGAAUGCCCCUGUGGAUUUGGUAACUGUCCGGGAAGGCCACGACGUUGUCUGUCAUUCAUCUACGGUGCUCAUUAGCUUUUCCUUCCUCAACCAUGUCUGAAUCAUAUAAUCGUCUGCCCUUUCCAACCUCGUCCGAAGAGUUUGCACUCCCAUCAACGUCGAGCGUGGCAUCUUCUACAUCAGCCGACGAUGGACUGCCGAAUCCACUGUUUUUGAGACUACGACGACCGACAUUACUCAACAAGUCACCGUACUAUUCAGACAAAAGGAUACAAAGUCCGUUGGCAAUUUCGUUCACUGUGGCCUCCAGAAGACGAGGGAGUAAUGGCGAAGAAUCAGAAAGUGACCGAGAGAGAAUGUGGUCUGAAAGCUCUCCAUCAAGCAGCUCAGGAAAUCCAACACCCCCAAUUACUCUUCCACUAGAAGGAGAUGACGAAAGCAACGCUAGCACACGCAGUGGUGGGCCCAGUCCCUCAACGCCGCCGCCAAGUCGCAACCUGAGCACAAAUGGACUACCAGCCAAUGCUGGAGACACGUCUAUCCCAAUAUUGCGCCGUCCUACUUAUCCACUGAAGCCUGCGCGCAUAUUGAAUCUGCUAGCAGAACCACGUCCAGAAGAGGACGAACUUCAGUCUGAAGCAGCUUUCCAACGCCUGUUGGCAUCGCACUCCGACCUCCCCUCGCAACCCCGUACACCUCGUGCACCCUCAGACCGUGGUCGCUAUCCUGAAGAAGUGGGCCACGAGGAUUCGCACGAGGAUCCUUUGAGUGAUGAUGACGACGACGACGUCCAGGGCCUUUUUGCCUUUGAUAUACAGAACGAAACAAACAACGUCAAGCCUUGUACCCCUGCUCAGAGUGUAAAUGGGGAUGAUUUGAACAUGUCCCUGGCAGAAAGCCCGAUGGGAGUGGCCAUGGAUGUAGAUCCCCCUAUGGUAUCUCCCUCCAUCAUUUCCACGCCCAUGUCUAUUCAAUGGCGAUACACGCCACCACCAACCACAAGCGCGGUGCGCUCGAACAAACGUAAAUUGGACGACAGAUAUGAUCCAUAUCCUACAUCCGCAAAACGCCGUGCCGUAUCGCCUUCCAUAUCAUACUUGCGAGAAACACACCCCUCACUCGUGUCGUACCCUCGGACACCUAGUUCCAGGCCUCCAGUCCCGAUUCCUCUUUCUAUCCCUCCAUCCAAUUCUAGUACUUCAGCCACCUCGUCGCCCACUGUCACGUCCGGUUACGCUUUCCAAGCUUAUCCGGGUUCACGGCAGGUAAACCUGGGAACCAUGAGCUUAUCUUCUAGCCCCGUACUUCGGCCUUCUUUAGGGCUUGUGAGUCCGAUCUUACGGCCGAUUCUGCGGACGCGGAGAGGAGCUGAUGGCGAGGAAAGGGAGAUCGAGGGCGCAGGCGAAGCCGUGAAUGGAUUAUCACUGAGCUGAGUGACCGUAAAUGGGCACCUUGAGUGACAUACAGAAUAGUAAUUCUGGUCGCUUUAUCUGCGUUUACUGAUCUGGUUCGGGAAGUUGCGCAAAGUGCGCGGGCAUUUGCUUCCACGCACGCUUGAAUCGGACUGCUUUCCAAGCUGUCCCGUAUUGCGCAGUUGCCUUGGCAAGCUGGUUCAAGGCUCUCCCGUACUGCACCCACAUUAUGUACAGCAUCACGUGAUGUAAUUACAAUACAUACUUUUUAUAUCCAAUUUGCCGUCUUAUUCGCUUCAA